AUGUACAACGGUAUUGAGUCUGUUAGUGUGAAGGGGACGGGCCUCAGUGGUUAUGUGCAGCGCAGCAGGGCGGCCAUAUCUCAACUGUCAAAGUUCACACCAGUGGAUUACACAGAUGACGUGCCAACAGCAGCAGUCAAUCCACUCGAGGCACUGCGCUCAGCGAAGGAGAACAGGGAGCUGGCCGCGCGGCUGCAGCGGCAUGAGGCCCUGCGCAGCAUCAAGCUGAAGGUCUUCCUGUACCGCGAGGAGCGCACAGCAGGCGGGGUGGCAGUCGACGUUGUGGAUCGUGAGUGCCAGACGCUGCGUGAUUCGCUUAUGCGGAACUACAUGGAAGAAGUGGGGGAGGCGAGGCGCGUGGAGAAGGAGGCGGCCCAAAAGACGGCUGAGAAGUUUGCCGCGGCGUUUCGCGUGAAGCAGGGAGCGGUGGGCGACGCGUUUGACAGGGCGCAGCGCGAGGCGGAGAGACGCGCAGCGGAGGAGGAGCGCCGAAGGGUGAUGGAGCAGAAGAUUGCGGAACGAGUAAAGCGCAUCAAGGGGGAGAAGGAGCGUGAUGGACACUGA